AUGGCUUGGGUGCUUCUAGAGCUGCUUUGCUGGGCAGAUAACUGGCAGAUAAAUACCCAGCACAAUGAUCAUAUUUGGUUGAUUAUCUUUUCCACUUACGGAUGCAUCAUGGUGCGCAAGGGGAGACACACACACACAGAUGAGGAGAACUACACAUCAUCCUCUUCCUGCCCACCUUGCACCCUUGCUAUGACCGACAAGGACCAAGAAAACAGUCACAGGCCCCUUCAGCCCACCACCAUCACCUCCCGCCUCACCGCCCUGGCAAAUGCCCACCAGGGCAAAGCCUGGGCACUCCUCCCACCUCACCCCACAUCGGCUGUGUCGACCUGA